AUUUUUUGCGGCGCUUCAAAGAGCGAAUCCCACUACAGUUGUACAGUGGAAAUGGCAGGGUGGGGAAAUGGCGGCCCACUAUGAGCACAGAGAAUUCAAAUUUAUUUUUUGGGCUUUUGGUCCCGCCAUUCAGAUCUUCCAGAGAUGUCCGCCGGUAAUUAGCAUGGACGGCACGCAUUUGCGUGGCUCGUACAAGGGGAAGUUGCUUGUGGCCGUUGCACAGACUGCGAAUAAGCGGUUAUUGCCAAUCGCGUAUGCGAUUGUGGAUGAAGAGAGCAGGGAAAGCUGGUCAUUUUUUUUGACAAAUCUCCAGCAACAUGUUGUCGGCGACAGACAGAUAUGCUUUCUUUCGGACAGUGAUGCUGGCUUACAGAGUGCUGUGGAUUCAUUGGCGACUUGGCAAGAACCCGCUGCAUAUCACCGGAUUUGUCUUCGACACCUUCGGAGCAACGUGGUUACUAGGUACAGGAAUAGCAAAAUCCAAAAUUGGUGUUGGGAGUUGGGUUCACAGCUUUCAGAGCGAAAAUUUCAACAUAUACGAGAGCGGCUUUCGGAUUUUAAUCCGGAUGCAUACAAUUACCUGUUUGGAAUUCCUCUGAACAAGUGGACUCCGCUUGGAGACGAGGGAGGAUGUAGAUGGGGUACAUUGACGACCAAUAUGUCCGAGAGUUACAACAACAUCCUGAAAGGUGUUAGGUUCUUGCCCUGCCGAGCUUUGGUACGCGCCACAUUCAUGAAAACUCUGGACUUGUUUGAGCAGGAACAAAAGAAGUCCACGAGAUGCAGUAAUGCCAUUGCUAGUGCCCACUAUGCCGCUUUUUGCGAAUUGGAGAGUACGACCACAAAUCAUAAGGUGAGAUGUGCGAACGCGGCGAGAUCUCUGUACGAGGUGACAACGGGUCUACGGACGAGUAGUAGAGGGGACAAAACGUAUGUG